AUGGCCGAUUCCAGCGUCACGGCCACCGCCGCCGCCUCGGAAACUAAACUUGAGGCCGAGCCGCCGGUCGACAACAAUACUAUCAAGCCAGAUACGAAAUCAUCCGUCGCCGUAUCGGAAAGCGCCCCGGCUUGCAAAAAACAUCCGUCCAAGGAAAAAGACCCUAACGGCCGCAAUCGCGAUUCGAAAAAGAAGAGCCAUAAGUCCAAGUCCUCGUCCGUAGUCACACCUAGUGAUGACAGUUCCGAUGGGUCGGAUUCCUCUGCCGAUAGCUCCAGCGCUGAGGAAUCUGUAUCCGAAGACGAAGAAUCUCCUUCCAAGACCGUGGAUGACCCAGAUGCCAACGAGUGGGACCAAUAUCUAUUCACCGUACGCCGCAAAUUUGACUGGGAUAACAAGUACACGGAAACUGUGGUAGAUUUGAAAAGCAAGUACAUUCGCGAUGCACUUGCCAAGGUGAUGGACGGCGUUAAGGGGGUCAGCUUAGUACAAGAGACAGCCGUCGUUGACCCCAACAUGCUUUUCUUGUAUCUUGAGGAGACCCGCCAAUACAUGAAUGACCUAAAGCAACAGGCGAAAACGGAGAAAAAGAGAAAAGCUAAAAAGCUAGCUGCAACCAAGGCGGCCCUUCUCAAGGUUCUCGUCAAGUAUCUUGACACGGACUACGCCGAGACCAAAAAGACCCUGUACCCACUGCUAGAAGCCAACACAAUAACCUUCGAUCUACUCUGGGCAUUGUUCAAGCCGAACACCAUCGCAUACACCCCAACAUACGGGAAUCAGGACGAGCCACGAGCGUUUAAGCUCGAGUAUGCCACCAAGGAGUCCUCUUUCAUGAAAGGUCAGUGGUACAGUAUUGAAGGCCGCUACCUUGAAUACGACGGGAAGUCCUUUGGUAUGGGAACAAUGCUGGCUGAAGUAGAAAGCUUCAAGGGCGCUCGCAAGAUAACCAGCCUCAACUGCUACCCGCUGAAGUACCAUCGAGAGGCUGAGGAUGUCAAAGCCAAGCUGAUUGAGAGAGGCAAGAAGUUUGUAUCAAUGAGAGGAAUGAACUACCGGUUCCACAAAGGCAUGGCUUUCUACAAGAAGAAGCGGUCUGUCAUCAAAGUCAACAUCAAUGGAAGAGUUAUGAUUGAUCCUGCCAUUCACCGCCGGAUCAACCCUAACUAUCCUAUCAGCACUGUCCGCCCGAAAGAUGCAGAUUAUAUCGAUGACUCCGACGGUGCCGGUAGUGAUGGCGGAUGCUGUUGCGUGUCAGAAUCUGACUCAGAUGACCCAUACGUCCAUCGUCGGGACUCGGAUGCCCCUAGAGUCCGGUACAAGGUUAUCCAGGAUAAGGAGGGCAACCCGCACGUGGUUGAAGUUGAGCUAGACGAAAAUGGCAAUGAAAUCCAGAAGGAGCAGAUGGACGAAGUAGAGGACCCAUCCGAGAGAGACUUCACUGAAGAAGAAUUGUUAAUAGCUAGUCCGGUGGUUUUGGGAUUCGCUUUUAGCGAGAAACUGUGGCUAGAAUUCAGCAUCUCGGGCAUCAGCGAUAUUAACUGGAAUGAAGACGCAUUCGACUCCCUGGUCCUUCCAGACAACCAGAAAUCAAUUGUUAAGGCCCUCGUGGAAUCCCACACUUUCUGCGCCGCACAGAAUAUCGACGACGUUAUUCAAGGCAAGGGCAAAGGUCUAGUUGCUGUGCUCCACGGACCACCAGGCACAGGUAAAACACUGACAGCCGAAGGCAUCGCCGAGCUACUCAAACGUCCAUUGUACAUGGUCAGCGCUGGAGAGCUGGGAACGGACUCCCGGACCCUGGAGGCUGAGCUCAACAAGAUCCUGGAUAUCGCCCAUUCCUGGGGCGCAGUGCUCCUGCUUGACGAAGCAGAUAUAUUCCUCGAGAAGCGCACGAUCCAGGAUAUCCACCGCAAUGCUCUCGUCAGCAUCUUCCUUCGUCUCCUGGAGUACUUCCAAGGUAUUCUUUUCCUGACCACUAACCGAGUGGAAACCUUCGAUGAUGCCUUCCAGUCCCGUAUCCAUGUUGCCCUGCGAUACGGCGACCUCACCACCAAGGCGAAGCGAAGCGUAUGGAAGAUGUUCGUCGAGAAAGUCCAAGCAAUGGACGGUGUGCAAACAGCCACCUUCACCGAAAAGGACUUCGACAAUCUCGCUCGUCACAACCUCAACGGACGACAGAUUAAAAACUCCGUCCGCACCGCGCAAGCCCUAGCCGUCAACGAGAAGACCCCUCUCUCCAUGGAACAUAUCAAGCGAGUCUUAGAAGUAGCAGAAACAUUCGACCACGAUCUCCGCGGUGGAACAGGCUACAUCGACGCAAUGAGAAGCUACACAUAA